UAUCACUUCGCCUUUUCUUUCCAACAACCCCUAUCAGAAAGACCAUCAGUAUACCAUUAACAGCAUGUGCAACCUAUCUCACUCGGUCUCUGAGGGUGAGAGCCCAAAUUUAUCAGAAUGGAUCCCUCAAGACAAAGUCUGUCAAGAGGCAUUUGAACUGGCACGAUCAGCCCUACCCCCAGCCGUCCUCAACCACAGUCUCCGUGUUUGGGUGUACGCUAAAUGGCUUGCAGAACGGCUGCAAGAGAAUAGAUCAGAACUCUCUAUCGAUACGUCACUCUAUAAUCUCCUCUUCGUGGCCUGCAUCCACCACGACCUCGGCUGCGCAGAUCGCUAUAACGGCCCUGAACGAUUUGAGAUUGAAGGCGCAGAUGCCAGUGUCAAGUUUCUCAAACAGUUCAACCUCAGCCAGGAACAAAUUCAGCUAGUCUGGCAGGCGAUUGCCCUACACACGACUCCGGGGAUCGCGGAGCGGCUUCAUCCUUUUACUCGACUGGUUCGACUGGCCGUUCGGACAGACUUUCAUUCUUGGGAUGAAGUCGACGCGAAGUUCCAGGAUGAUUUAGAGAAGUCUCUUCCGAGAUUAGAGAUCGAAAAGGUCCUGGGCGAUGCGGUUGCCAAUCAAGCUAUUGAUCGUCCAAACAAAGCACCGCCGAAUUCGUGGCCCGCGGCUUUGGUGCGCGCCAAAUUAGAAUGGCCAGACUGGGAGGGAGUGAAUAAAGGUUUUUGAUGUGUUGACCGUGGUAUAUGCAGGAGAUUCAGUUUAGCAGUGUCUGCUUAAUUUAAUUUCAUCUUCAUUGGUUCAUGAUAUGGUUCAACUCCAACUUCUUCAUGGUGGGACUAGCCAAUUUCUUGCGUUGAUCAUGUAUAUUGAGAAUCCACAAAUCUAGUUAUCUAGUCGAACGGAUUCAAUGACGCAUUUCAAAUUCUUCGAACGAGUG